AUGAUCCGGGAAGAAGAGGACGAUUACAUCGAGGCCUCCAUUGUUGAAGAUGACUGUCUCAAGUGUCCACAGCCAAAUACCAGUCACGGACGCAAAAGUCGAUGUACCCGCACCAAGAACAGCCGUGUGCCGUGGUGGGAGAGCCUUCGCCCCCGCUCAGUAUCCGUAAAGCCUCAAAGGUUGGAAGAAGGACAGUUUCCGCUUUUGCCCAGCUACCCUACCGAGGCGGAAGCACGAACACGUGCCAUUGACAGAUACCUCGCCGCCGAGUUCCAGAAGAGAAAACGGGAACUAAAGAUCAUUCUUUUCGGCGAUGAGCUCGAGAAUAGUCUUUUUGUGAAACAAACCCGCCUUUUUGAGAUCCCGCUUUCCAACGAUGAACGCGCAGAUAUCCGGGUCGAAGCGAGGCGCUUCGUUGCGUCGAUAUGCCGGGAAUGUUUGCAGAUCGUCGAUGAAAGUGUUUGGAAACCAGAAUGGACCAAUACUCAUCCAGUCCUGAGGUGUGUCAAGGAGAUUGUGUCGAGCGAAAGACCAGAAGAUGAAGAAACUGUUGAAGGCAUGGUUAGCAUGUAUUGCGACCAAGAACUGCGGCUCGCGCUGAAGCAACUUGGCCAUAAUCUCGAAGACAUCGAGCGUCGAUUCUUGAACGACCGCUUUCCGCAUAUCCUUACCUGCCCCUGCACUGCAAAUGAGAGUCUUAAUUCGCUUUUGAAACGAGUCUUUGCGCCAGAGUACAUCCCUACCGAACAUGACUGGUUCCACUUUGACCACCGCCGUUUGGGGAGAGUAGCCCGAGAGGCCCUCAUCCAUCGGGACAACCACACGCUGCGACUUUUACAAAUCACGGAUCGGUCAACACAGAGGCGAAAAUGGAUUCAUAUUUUAGUGGAUGACGCGGCCUGUCUUGUGUUUAUCUGUGACCUAGCCCUCUAUGACCGGAGCCUGCUAGAAGAUGGGACCGUAAGCAGGCUCCACGAGGACCUGCUUCUCUUUGACUCGCUGGUCAACUCACGGUGGUUUACCCAGACGCCAUUUUUUGUCGUUUUGUCAAACGUCUCCGCCUUCAGAAAAAAGAUUGUUCAUUUGCCGCUCUCGAACUGGUUUCCUGAAUACAAGGGAGGCAGUGACGGCGAUGCCUCACUCGAGUUCAUGAAAGGCCAGUUUCGGGGACUUGCAAAAGCAGAACAAAAUGUAUACUUACGUGCUUCGGAUAUCCAUAGCGCAGAGGAUGUGAUGGCUGCCAUUGAGACUAUAGAAGAUAAGUCACUGAGUGGGGUCUUGAAGCAGCUUGAUAGGAUUUCUGUCGAGCGCGACCGAUUUCAGCAACCCUAG